AUGAUUGAUUUUUAUCCACAAAAACUAAAAUCUAAUCCGUCAAAGCCAUUGGUGGUAGAAGAUAGAAAACAAUCCAAAGCCAGCACUAUUACAACAAAGCUGUCACAGUGGGCAGCUGCAAAAACAAGUAUAGAGGAAUUCAAAAGAACGCGCUUAGAAGAAGAGUAUAAGCUCAAACUUGAUUUCCUAAGACAAGAAUCAGAUGCAAGAGUGGCAAUGAUAAAAGAGGACCAGAAAGCUAAGACAAAAUUAAGAAUAUUGGGCACACAGCCAAAUUUGACAAAGGAGCAAGUCAAUGAAAUAUUUAAGAAAAUUUCUGAUAUGGAAUAGAUGUGUGUGGGUA